UGCUGAAAAGAUAUUUGUCAUUGCAAUACAUUUUCUUUUUUCUGGUAAAUACCAUACGCUUCUCCAUCCAUCGCUUUAUUAUUAUUGUGUGCUUUUGGAUUGUUCUUCUUUCACCACUGCUCUCAGUUUUGCUCUGCCUUUUAGGGUUUCCUUCUUACCUCGUUGAGGUUGCAUUUCGCGGCUUUUCAUGUUCCGGUGCUUCGUUUGCUUUGUUGGAAUUCGUAUAGAAGUAUUUAGUGUAACAACAUUAGUUGGUUUCGGAGUUUUGACUGAUAGUGCAACUCUUGUUCAUGGAUAUAUGUGAAUAAAGUAUGUUUAGAAGCAUGGAUGAUGGUGUGGGGGAGGAGGUUACCCCACUGGAUGCAGUUGAACGUGGACGCCUUCAAGGCAAAGAGAACGAGUUUUUUCUGAAACCCACAGGAGAAAUGUUGAAUUCGCAGGAGAUGCUACUGCCAGGUGAGGGUGACUAUGCAAGGAGCUCGCAUCAGGAAUUUGAAGAAAUGUUAGAUGGUAAACAUGUACAGAGUUUAAACCAUGUAAAUACACUAGAAAACCCGUACAAUAGUUGUCCUCGCACAAUGGAUGAUACUGGUGUCUCAGUGGAAGAAUUAACCGUGAGAAAUUUCAAUGGGUCUAAUUUAGCUAUUGUUGGGACAUCAGCUAAUUUAGGAAGAGUGCAGACUAGACAGACCCAGUGGCAACAUCUAUAUCAAUUAGGAAGUGGUUCAGGCAGUGGAAGCUCACAUGCAAAUACUGCAUACAGGGAUAACGGUCAGAGAAUGCCAAGUAGUUUGGAGGAUGUGGGUUACUCAUCUUUCCCUGAGUUUUUGGCACAAAAGGCAUGUGAUGAUAACCAAAAUGAAGUUGUGGAGGAAUUUGCAAAUUCUGAAAAUAGGAUGAUUUCAAGUAAUGCUCCAGGUUCUAUCCGAACAAAGAUUCUAUCUAAAUCAGGAUUUUCGGAAUUUUUUGUGAAAAAUACAUUGAAAGGCAAGGGGAUAAUUUGUAAAGGCCCGCCUAAUGUCACCUCUCAUCCUGAGGCUAGGGUAAAGAAUAAAUCCAGGCUUGGUGGUGGAAGUAUGGCAGCUCCCGACACAUCACAGGGUCUGGAUUCUAAAAUUGUUAAUCCGCCUUCCCAUGAGUUGAAAACUAGAUCUAGGGCUGGUGGUUCUGAUUGUAGAGGAGUCAAUUUGAGAGAAUGGCUCAAGGUUGGGCGCUUAAAAGUUAAUAAAGGGGAGCGCCUGUAUAUUUUUCGACAAAUCGUGGAACUGGUGGAUCAUUCUCAUUCUGAGGGAGUUGCCUUGCAGAGCUUAAGUCCAUCUUAUUUCAAGCUGUUGUCUUCAAAUAAGGUCAAGUAUCUUGGAUCACCCGACAAGAAAGAGAUAUCACAGAGUGUGAAGGAUCAAGAUUUUUCUCACUCAGAGCAUGGUUUGCGUAGGAAGAGACCAGUGGAGCAGAAUAAUUUUGCCUCAAGGCCAGUGGAGCAGAAUAAUUUUGCCUCAAUUGGUUUAAGUGCAAAGAAGCAAAAGUUCAUCCAGAAUGCAAGAGGUCUUAAACAGUGGUUCCAGUUUUCUUCAAAUUCAGGCUUUAAACAGGAAAUUGCAAAUGCUAGUCACAUUAACAUUACAGAUCAAAAAAUUACCUUUAAUGAAUUUGAUGAAGGUGACUUAGUUACAAAACAUGGAAUGGAAAGCAAGUCUAGUAGUCCCCCAAUCUCUCAUGCAAGAGAACAGAUGACAUAUGGAAGUGAGCAGUUGGAAGAGAAGUGGUAUAGAAGUCCCGAGGAACUCACUGAGGGGAGCUGCAAAAUGUUAUCAAAUAUCUACUCGUUGGGUGUUUUUUUGUUUGAGUUACUUGGUCAUUUUGAUUCGGAUAGCACACUUGCCACAGCUAUGUCGGAUUUGCGCCAUAGGAUCCUUCCUCCAAAUUUUCUUUCGGAAAAUCCCAAGGAAGCUGGAUUCUGUCUAUGGCUACUUCAUCCCGAACCAUCAUCACGCCCAACAACAAGGGAAAUCCUGCAAUCUGAAGUAGUUAAUGGAUUGCAGGAAGCAUGUCCAGAGGAGUUGUCUUUAGCCAUUGACCAGGAUGAUGGUGAGACAGAAUUACUAUUGCAUUUCCUCGAGUCAUUAAAAGAACAGAAGCAGAAGGAUGCCUCUAAGUUAGUGGAAGACAUACAGUGUUUUGAAGGAGAUAUUGAAGAAAUCAAGAGAAGACACCCUUCCAAACACUUGGCUCAUGUUGAUUCCUCUGUGCAUGGAAAGCAAAAUGUAUCUGUUCAGAGAGAGCCUUCUAGUUCAGAUAAGCUUUCUCAAUUGUCCCCUGUUUCUAACACAAGUGAAUCAAGAUUGAUGAAAAAUAUGAGUCAGCUUGAAAGUGCAUACUUCUCUAUGAGGUCCAAUAUUCAGCUUCCUGAGACUGAUGCAGUAGUGCGCCAAGAUAACGAGUUAUUGAAAAAUCGGGAUAGUUGGUAUUUGGCUCAAAAAGAUGAAGAGAAACAGAAUCCAAGUGACUGCCUGGGAGCCUUUUUUGAUGGCUUGUGCAAGUAUGCCCGUUACAGUAAAUUUGAAGUGCGCGGAGUCUUAAGAAAUGGGGAAUUUAGUAAUUCUUCAAAUGUAAUAUGCUCCUUGAGUUUCGACAGGGAUGAAGACUACUUUGCAGCUGCUGGAGUUUCAAAGAAAAUAAAGAUAUUUGAGUUUAAUUCUCUCCUCAAUGAUUCUGUUGAUAUUCACUAUCCAGUGAUUGAGAUGUCAAACAAAUCAAAGAUCAGUUGUGUUUCCUGGAACAACUACAUCAAAAACUAUUUGGCCUCUGCUGAUUAUGAUGGUGCAGUCAAGUUAUGGGAUGCUAGCACUGGUCAGGUUUUCUCUCAAUACAAUGAGCAUGAGAAGAGAGCAUGGUCCGUUGACUUUUCAAAAGUAUACCCCACUAAAUUAGCCAGUGGAAGUGAUGAUUGCUCUGUGAAACUGUGGAGCAUCAACGAGAAAAACUGUUUAGGAACUAUUAGGAGCCUUGCAAAUGUCUGCUGUGUCCAGUUCUCUGCCCAUUCGACCCACUUACUGGCUUUUGGGUCUGCGGAUUACAGAACCUACUGUUAUGAUCUGAGAUAUGCUAAAACACCCUGGUGUGUAUUGGCCGGCCAUGGCAAAGCUGUAAGCUAUGUGAAAUUCUUGGAUUCAGAGACCCUUGUUUCUGCCUCCACCGACAACACUUUAAAACUAUGGGAUCUCAAGAGGAGUCUUUCUGCAAAUGCUUGCAGCUUAACCUUUACCGGCCAUACUAAUGAAAAGAACUUCGUCGGUUUAUCAGUUAAUGACGGUUACAUAACAUGUGGUUCAGAAAGUAACGAGGUUUAUGCUUACUAUAGAUCUCUGCCUAUGCCGAUUACUUCUCACCAGUUUGGUUCCAUUGAUUCUAUUUCUGGAAAGGAGACAAACGAUGACAAUGGUCAAUUUGUUUCUAGUGUCUGCUGGAGAGGGAAAUCAGAUAUGGUUGUCGCUGCCAAUUCAAGCGGAUGUAUAAAAGUGUUGCAAAUGGUUUAAGGGAAAUUAUAAAAUCAAGUUUGGCUCCUUCUGAAGUUGUGAGCAACCUGUUUUCGUGGUUUGGGGCUCGUUCUUGAGCUGAAACUACAAGUUCUGUUGUUGCAAACUCGGGAGAUUGAGUUGACAUGAAUGAACAAAACACUAAGAUACCUUAGGAAUGUCUAUUCAUCCAUGUGAGACAGAAAAAGGGUAGAUUCAUCUAACUAUGGUACAUCAUUUCAGCAUUAAAUUCCAUGGCUGAAGGAAACGCCGGUCAGUGGCUAAACUUGACACGAAUCUUGUUCGUCAGAAGAAGAUUGUUAUACCUGAACGAGCAAUGACAAAAGGGAUCUAAAAGUUUGCUUUGGGAUACAGCAGUGCGUUUAAAUUUUGAAGCUAAAGUAACAAAGAUCAAAGUGAGAUCAAGUGCACGAUGGUUACAAACAAAAAUAGGGUUCUGAGAACAGCAGUGUUUACGAGGAAUUGGGUGCUUGAUAUUAGAGAUAUUAUGACACUAGUUUGGGACCCCAUCGUUUGCCAAUGUUCUUAUAUCAUUAUACAGAUUAUUGUGAGCUGUUCAUAUUAGUAAUUUGCAGAGAAAUGGCAUUUUUAACCCAGUUUAUGCUCAAGAGUUGGAGACAAAUCAGAAGCAUUUUAACAAUUUCUUUCACUUGUAUCUAUAUGUUAUCUCAGUGCUCAGCUAGUGUAAAUUUUCUGAGUUGAUUAAUAAAAUAUUUCUUAUGAAGCAAACAUCAUUCUUGCAAAAA